AGGGCUCAUGAGAGGAAGCGGAGCUACACUGCACAUAUUGCGGGCCGGGCGCGCGCACCAAAGAGCAACUCAUCUCAUCUCCGCUGUUCAGAUACACGAUAUUUGAUCGUAACAAGAUGCCCCUGGGUGAAGAUGGACACUCAUGGAAGAAGAAGAUGUCUGACAUCAAGGAGAACUACGACUUCAAGGAGGUGUUGGGGACGGGUGCGUUCUCUGAGGUCGUCCUAGCCGAGGAAAAGCGGACGAGGAGGUUGGUGGCGAUAAAGUGUAUUCCGAAGAAAGCACUGGAAGGGAAAGAGAACAGCAUUGAGAAUGAAAUUGCCGUUCUUCACAAGAUUAAACACGCCAACAUUGUUUCUCUGGAGGACAUCUAUGAGAACAAAUCGCACCUCUACCUCAUCAUGCAGCUGGUGUCUGGCGGCGAGCUCUUUGACAGGAUUGUAGAAAAAGGUUUUUACACCGAGAAAGACGCCAGCAAGCUCAUCCAGCAGAUCCUGGAUGCCGUGAAGUAUCUGCACGACAUGGGCAUAGUGCACCGAGACCUGAAGCCAGAGAACCUGCUAUAUUACAGCAUGGACGAGGACUCGAAGAUCAUGAUCAGUGAUUUUGGCUUGUCAAAGAUCGAGGGCUCGGGUAGCGUGAUGAGCACGGCCUGUGGCACUCCUGGAUACGUAGCUCCGGAGGUUUUGGCCCAGAAGCCGUACAGUAAAGCAGUGGACUGCUGGUCCAUCGGUGUCAUCGCGUACAUACUUUUGUGUGGCUAUCCACCAUUUUACGACGAGAACGAUGCCAAGCUGUUUGAGCAGAUCCUGAAGGCUGACUACGAGUUUGACUCGCCGUACUGGGACGACAUCUCCGAUUCAGCUAAGGACUUCAUCGUACAUCUGAUGGAGAGAGACCCCAACCUGCGCUACACGUGUGAACAAGCACUGCAGCAUCCGUGGAUCGCCGGUGAUACGGCACUGGACAAGAACAUCCACGAGUCUGUGAGCGCUCAGAUCAAGAAGAACUUCGCCAAGAGCAAGUGGAAGCAAGCGUUUAAUGCCACAGCGGUGGUCCGGCACAUGCGUCGCCUCCAGCUGGGCACCAGUCAAGAGGGACAGAGCCAGGUGUCACCCCACAGCCCCUGCAGCGAGCACCUCCUGCUGCCCGAGGGAACUGAAGAGGAAGAGGACGAGCAAAGCGCCUCUCAGACGGGCAAUAACGGCUGCUCUGAAGACGCUUGCGAGGGGGCGGGGCAUGACGGCAUCCCGAACUGCGCCUUCCGCGUCCACCCGACCAGUCGGGUCUGAGCCCGUCAAUCAUCCUGCUGCAACCAAUGACUUGACUGUCCCGUGUUUCUACUGGAGUCCUGGCACACCCCCAGUCUGGCCAGGAAUACUGAGUAACUCCAGCGCUUGGCCACUAGGUGGCGCCGCAGUGUAAAGAAAUCCAGGUGGGAAAGGGGGUCGCUAUGCCAACAAAGGGAUUCUGUUUACAGAGAGGUGAGCUCUGCCAAAGGAAGGAGAGAGAGAGAAAGAGAGCCGCAUGCCGCAGCUGCAUUAUGGGUAAUGGACUGAGAUUGGACAGUGUUUUAUCUUCUGUUUUACAAAACUACAUUCAUCUUUCUGUCUUGGAAAAAAUGGCUUUAGGUGUGUUUUUAGUUGUAAAAUGGGUCCAAAUAUAUUUUGCCUCAGAUCUUUUCAGCCUGCACACUAAACACAGUUUCAUGUGCAGUCAGCACAUACGUAUAUACAUACACACACACACACACACACACACACACACAAACACUUUCUCCUAAUCAUUGUGAUUAACGUCCAUUGACGUAAUUAUUAAUGCAGCUAAUUAAUGCUGUGCUGCACCGAAAUCUAACCUGAACCUCAGCGUCAGUAACUAAAAGGUAACCUUUACAUGCUUUUAGUUCUUUUUCUUUAAAAACCAGCCAGAUGUCCCCACAAAAUCAAAAUGGUCCGACAUUUCUAUCCUUUUGGGGACAUUUGGUCUCCACAAAUAUAUAUUAAAAAAAUUCUUGUGGCUUUAUGAACCAAAGGUGAAGCUAAAAUUCCCACUAGGUAAUUAGGUAAUGAACACACAUGGAAAUGUUAUUCUGGUACUGCCACACACACACACACACACACACACACACACACACACACACACACACACUGUCUGAUUAUUAUUCUGUACAAAUCAUUGUUACUUGUAUACAUUUUGUCCAUAUUUGACUGUAAUCAAUAACGUCGUAUAUUAUUGGGCUGCAACACACCAAGUCUGCGUCAUUGUUUCAUAGAACAUUUCUUUUUCCACACAUCAGACACAGUCUUCAGUGCCUUCGUGGUUGCAGUUGUUUGGGUUAUUAAUGCUUCAUUGUCAUCUAUUCGUUGUUCUGAUCUGUCCGGGUGCAGGAUGCUUUAAUCGUAUAUACCGUACUAUUUAGGGCAAACACUGCAGCUGUUCCCUGUGUAUGUGUGUGUUUGUGUGUGUGGGGCACGCUAUUAUACAUCUAAUGUCUAUUACCAUUCAUGUAAACGUUUUUAUAUAAAACUGUUUCUUUUACUGAAGGUUUUACUCAGGGGAUGAUGGUGUGUUAAGGAUUUGGGGUUUUAAGUAAAUGGUAGAGGAUUCAUCAUUUAACAGAUAAAUAUAAUAUAUUAGUGUGGUGGCCUGGGAAAACCUGUCGCUAUGGCCGAAACUAAAAAUGAAUUUCACUAAGUUAUCAUCCUGCAAAGAUCGGGUUGGGUAAAAAGUGAGAACAAAAAACAGUGGUGGCUCAGUGGUUAAAGGCUCUGGGUUACUGAUGAGAAGGUCAGGCGUUCAAGCCCCAGCACUGAGAAGCUACCACUGUUGGUCCCUUGGGCAAGGUCCUUAACCCUCAACUCCUCAGUUGUAUAAAUGAGAUAAAUGUAAGUCGCUCUGGAUAAGGGCGUCUGCCAAAAAUGCCAUAAAUAUAAUAUCAUAUAAAACAUUCAGUUUACCUACAGAUAAGUGCCAUUUCCUCCCACAGUGAAGGUCACGCUUUGAUCAAGUUGUUGGAUAGUUCACGUCAUAAUCCUAAUCCGUUCGGUUUGUAAUCAGCUGUUAAAAUGUCUGAUGCUCCUGCGCCACAGUCAGCAUGCGAUCAUAAAACGUAAUUUUCUCUUUUUACAUUUUUUAUGGUAACCAGACUCUGCUAUAUCUUUACUCACUGAACAUAACGUCGAUAAAAGAAGACAGCAUUGUUGUAAUUUUGUAUCUCCAUUGAACAGAGUCUUGUAUUUUAUCUUCAGUGAACGGAGGCGAGACCAAUCAGACAGGGUUUACAGGAAAAUACGUGGAAAUACUCGUGUCUUAUUGGCUGACAACUCUGCCAAAUGCUAGUGCUAGCUCACACAGUCAGUUAGUGUGAGGGGGAAAAUGGAUAUAUGCCUAUAUAUAUAUUUACCAGUAGAAGGAUUGAAACUGAAACACUAACAUCCUCUGAAGCUGAGCAGGAAAUCAAGGUGUGUAAAUGUCUAUACGAGUUCCAGUUUACGUGAACAUGAUAUGAGCAGAGCGUAGGAACAGAUAAUGUACUUUACAUGGCACUGUAGAAGCUAAACCCAUACAGUGUUAGCUUAGUUGUCGCUCUCCUUGGCUAGCGACACCAAACUAGCCUAGUCUCGUGUUAGAUAGCCAGAAGGUUCUAUAAUUUACCCGUCUGGAAGUCCGACAAGCAGUGCAUACUGUCCACCCGAGGCAAGUUUUAUGAGAAAUUGAUAAACCUUUUGUCCAAUUUUCACAUUUUUUAAAGCAGUUAGCCUUUACAUGCAAGAAAAAAAAGCAUGGAAACGGUAAAAAUGUUGAUGGAGAAGAAUCUGGGCUCAGCCCUGGAUGAUUAACAGUCCAGCUAACGCCCCUAGUUGUUACAAUGUCACGCUUUCACAUUCACAGUUAGACACAUUGUAUGAUUGCGCCAUUUAAUUAUUUUUUUUUUUUAAACCAAAAAUCCCCGAUCUAACUUUAUAUCAUACAAGAUGCAGUGCUCCAUGCUGCAUGCUACCUUUCCUCCCAGCCACUCUCUCUUUCAGCUCAUAACUACAACAUGAUAAAUACUGACAGUGAGACUUUAUGGAAAGUCAUUCUUAAAAAUAUAUACAUAAAUAUAUAUAUAUAUAUUCCAAUUAAUUUGUAUCACUUUUUUUGUGUUUAUUAAUACUGUGAAACCAUGAUAUGGUGAUUUGGACUAGAUUAUAAUAUCGUAGCAUAAGUCCGUAACAUCCCUAAUGCAAAAGAGAAACAUAUUUCAAUUUCAGAACUAUAUAUAGUAGAAAAUAUGAGAACGUCAUCAUGUGAAAGGUUGUCCCAGGCUGCCACGUAUAUUUAGACAGAGGAAAUAAUCUUUGCCCAUGACAUGGGGGUCUGUUGUAAUAUUUCUAACAUUGGUAUUGCACCACUGAACCUAUAUAUAGGAAAAAAAGAAAGGCAUUAAAGAAAUUGUUGUCGUA